AUGACUUUAACGAAAUAUCAACGAGGUGAAUCUAUUGAGGGUUGGAAUGAUUGCCCUGUUUAUAUCCCUAGUAGUAGCUCUACAUCGAGUCUUAAUUCUGGUUCCAGUAGAACGUCUAGAAAAAGACCUCCGAGGAGAUUAGGUCACAACAUAGAUGGAACACCAAUAUCAAGUCGAUCUGCAACCCCCGUCAGCAUACCUACCCCUACACCACCAAUACCCACCAGGAACCUGAGUUCUUCUACAAACUUGGAGAGAGAUCUUAAACUAAUUAAUAAUUCCUCGGGUAAAAAAGAUCAAGUUGAUACGAAAGUUGAUACUGAUAUUAACGAUACAACUAUUAAUACUAUGUUGGAUGACUUAUUGCGACAUCCUACCACGCUACAAGUGAAUGAAAUCAAACAUUACCAGAGUAAGCUUGAGGAUGUUGUUAGCACGUUGAACGACAAGGAUAAGUUAUUCUUAAACGAUAUUCUCGUUAAAGUGCUCAAGGUUCCAUCUAACGGAGACGGCAGAUCAAUUGCGAAUAUCAAGCAGGAAAUCUUGAUGUACAUGAUGGCUAACCAGGGGGUAAGUACAUGGUGUGCUCCAUUAAAAAAGACUAUUGAAGGUUUGAAAAUAAAUACUUAA